AUGAACAAUUAAGAUCAAGCCGCAUUUAACAAUGGCUUGAAUUAGUAAGAUAUGACUUACUACAAUCCUUCAAUCAUUUAAUAAAAUUCCAUGAAUAAUCUGAACGUUGAUGGAGCUCUUAGUAUGAAUUAUGGAGCUGAUCUAAAUGGAUUAGGUGGCUCACCUCCACCCCUAUAAAAUAAUCUGAACUAAUUCGGUGAUGAAAACUAAAAUCCAAAUAUGCAAUCUCCUCUAAGGAAUCCAGUCCCAGAUGCUAUUUUAUCUCCUAAAUCAGAGGUAAAGAGCUAGACAAGUGUAAAUGAUAACAAAGCCAAGGAAUAUGAUAGUAUUGGAAAUCUUGUUAGCAUGGAGAGAUCUUAACUUUUCACUAAUAAUGAUCGAUUUGUACUGGAACAAUAAAAAAUGGAUCCAUUGAGAGCAGGAGGAGGCCUAAUGGGCACAUCAUUAAUAACAUUAGAUGAGAAGGUUAAUCUUCUGAACCUUGAAAAAGGCAAAACCUUGACGAAUGAUCAAAUGCUUCAAAAACUCAGAAUUGAUGGUGUGUAUGUCAGAGAUCCUUAAGUUCACCAGAAGUUCACAGAUAUCAACGUGCAAAAAUUAGAAGAAAGGAUCUUAAGAGAAAUGCCUUAUGUUGGGAAAAUUGAAAAAGGAUAUUUUUGGCCUGGCCCUGAUGGCUAGAGAAGCACCUAGUAUUUUAAAAUGAAUGGAGAAAUCAAAUUACACAAUGAUCUCUUGGCUGAUGAAAUCACCAGACCUUCAGAUCUGGCUUUUGAAACGACAGAGGCAUACUAAACUAAAGAAGUAAACUCUAUCCUUUGCAAUAGACUGCACUCAUUCAAGAAAAGGUACUAUCGUUUAGAUAUAGUAGUUGGUAAAAUCUGCUUAUUAAAAUAUCCUCAAUUUUUCUCACUUGAAGACAAGUUAGCUAUUGAACUUAGAGAACUGUAUAAAGAGUAUGAGAGAAGAACUUCAUUAGCCAUGAUUCCAUUUUAUAUUGAUAGACUUAAAUUCAUUGAAGAGGAGUAGUAUAGAAAAUAGAGAAACUAGCUUACUCCUUUAGAAGAACUGGAGUUCCUGAGAUCUAAUGUCGAUGAAACUAGAAGAAAGCUCGAUUAAGAGAAAAGAGAAGUUCAAGACAUGGCAUAGAAGUUAUAUGCUAAAUGGAGAGAAAUUAAAGAUGAGAGGGAGAAAAAUGGGUUCUCUAGCACAAACGUGAAAAUGAAGAUUCAUAAAAGCUAGCAAAUGAAUACUAUUGGUGAUAAUAUUGUUGGUGAUAGUAAUGGAGAAUUCUACUUCAAUUUAAUGCAUGAAGAGCCUUCUGGCAAAAAAUAUAAUGGUUCAAGUUUACCCUCAAGUGAAGUCUCAAGAAGAAAUAAUGCUAUGAGAGUGAGGGCCUAUAUGAGACUUAUUAUCAAUGGGAAAUAUGUAUCAAGAACUAGAAAAGCAUUUGUUAAGUGGCCAAACUUUGAAAUAGAAAUUGGUGAAUAAUUCCAAGUUUGCGUAUUUACAAUGCCAAGUUCAAUCUAAUUAGAACUUGUUAUUGGAACAUUCAAAGAAUAAUUAGUAGAUGUUAUUGAUAUUGAAGUUCCAGGUACAUACGUCAAAGCACUUACUUCUGCUGCUUCUUUGGUUAAAGAACUUGUUUUUUCAAAAUUAUCUUAUGAGAAAAGAAAGAUGAAAUUAGGAUAAAAUUUUGAUCUCUUGAGCUCUAAUGUUGGUAUUAUGACUGAUAAAGAGAAAUUGAAGUUUGAGGACAUGAAGAAAAAGAAAGUGGAACUAGAGAAAAGAGCUGAACUAGCUGAUAUAAAUGGGUGCAUGUAUAUCAAAGCUGAAUGGAAGGGUGAAGGGCCAGAGAUGCCUCCAAUGAGAUCAGAGAACCUGUUUAAAAUGAGAAAAGCUGAGAAAGUGAGAAUUCCAUAUACUCUUGAAUAACAAGAUAGGAUGCUUUUAAGAUAGCUCUACAUUGAUGUUAACGAUCCAAGAAAUGAGAGAAUUAUUAGAUUCCUAAAAGAAUUUAGAAACGAAACACUUUAGAAAUUGUUAAUGGAGGACUCAAAAAAUCCAUUAUUCUAACUUACUCCAUUUAGACACAUGCUAUUGGAGGCAAGAGCAAAGGAUCCUGAACUAGCUAAAACUAUAAUACCUUUACUAGAAAGAGAGAUAAUCGAAGACACAGAUCUUUUGGAUAAAUUGGAAAUUCUAAAUAGAGAGAAAGCAUAUAGAACUUAUCUCUAAAAGAAGGCAGAAGAAGAAAGAUUAGAAAACCUAAACAGCAGAGACGACUCUAAAAAGGUUUAUAUAAUGGAAAAUGAGGAAAACGCUCUUUAGUUCGAUGCUGAAUGUAUCAGAAGAAGACAAGUAUUCUUUGAUUUACAAAAGCAGUAUUAAAGAGAAAUAAAAGCUGGACAUUAGAAAGCGUCUACUCAAUAUAAAAGUGUCGUGAGAGAGUUUGAGCUACUUGAAUCAGAGAAUCCUCUAGUGGCUCUUUUUAAUAAACUUUUCAUUACAAGUAGAAAACUUAGACCUGUUGUCUAAAAGAGACAGCCAGUUGCUCUAGACUCUUGCAAAGAAGCGAAAAUAAUGAUUCAUGUCAUCAAAGGUUUCAAUGUUCCUAUAAGAAACUCUGCUAAGUAAAAGAUUGUUAGCUCUUUCUAACAUGGUAACCAAGGUGAUCAAUAAAAUUUUAGAGGAGCUGGGCCUUAUCCAUCUUCUAUGAAUAAUUACGAUAGAAGUUAGAUUAUAAUGCAAGGAACUUAAGGUAGUUUUUUACCAGCAAUGCAAAAUCAAUAUGAUCCAAGAUCGUCAUUUGGAGGCAGACCAAGUUUGGGAUAAUAUGGUAACAAUAAUAUGGCUAUGUAUAAUAAUCCCGCAGCCAGCAGAAUGUAAGGCAUACCUUUCAAUUAGCCAGAACCUAUUUAAAGAAAUGGCAAUAGCUAAAACUUAGAUCUCAGAAAUCUAGAUGAAAUUACCAAGAGAUCAGUGUACAGAACUCAAAGAGUAGAGUCAUUUGUCGAAGUAAGAAUUGUGUAUCCCGAUGGAUUUGAAUAAUCAAAAAUUACUUUAAUCGCUGAGGGAGAUUUUCCUGAAUGGAAUGAUAUCCUUAAUUUCAACUUGGUCUCUAGAAGAGGCAAAUUUUCAAAGCAAGAACUUGUAAAUACAACUGUAAUGAUUUAUGUGACUCUAUUUGAUCGAGAAAUGGAUAUUUAGCAAAAUGAAAAGAUGGAGUUGCAAUUUUCAUACAGAUAUUUAGGAUCAUUCUCAAUUCCACUGAUAGCAAUCCUGAACAAUCCUCCAAAGAUUGAUGCAAUUUUCAAAGUAAACAGACCCUUGGCUUUAUUUAACUAUCAUGUCGAGCCUAACUCAUUCUUUUUCUUAAACCCAGAUGAUAAAAUGUUCAAGCAAAAAUAAGCUGUACCUAAUACCUAUAUAUCCAUGUCAGUAUCACUUGACCCAGUGCUUGAGCUUCCAAUCGAUAAUGAACUUGAGUAUUAUCCUGGAAAAGAGUCAUCAACACUAUUGAUCAAUUUAAUUGAAUGGACUAAAUUAUUAAAAAAGAAGAAAGCUUUUGAACGAAGACACAUCAAAUGUCUAGGAGAAAAUAUCAAUGGAUAUAGUGUUCUCUUAUGCAGAUAUCUCACUGAUUAAGCACCUCCAGAUAAAUUAUUUGAGCUAGAUUUAGGAGUAAAACGAGCAGACAGCAAUAAUACUGAGAUUGAGAAGGCAGCUAGAUAUGUUUCUUUAAUUCCAGUAAUUGAGGAUAAUUAAGCAUUCAUUGAGAUGCCAGAUUUAUUCUGUACUUCAUAGGAGUUUUUAGAUCUUGGAGCUGGGGAUUAUGAGGAGCAUGCUAUUCUAUUAUGCAAUUACUUUAAUUAUAUUGACAAAUUCUUUGGAAGAAUCAAUGUCAAGUCUUAUUUAGUACUUGGAACUGGAUUCCCAGAAGGCAGAACAGCAUAUGUAAUGAGAAGAGAUUGCACAUCGAAUCAUAUUGAGCUUUGGAACCCUAUUAAAGGAGAAGCUUAUUAUUACGGGAGAACAGAAAUAAAGGAAAGCUUUGGUUGCUUGAGUAUUUCCAAAGGUUUUAAAAAUGACAAAAAUCCAAAUGAUGCCCUCUGCUAAUUGAGGAGUAUUGGCACUGUGAUUAGUUAGGACAAUAUAUGGGUAAACGUGCAGAAGUAUGAAGAUCCAGGUCUUCUUAACUUCAAUUUGGAGAACACCUCUCUGUGGAAGCCCUUCUUUACUAAAUCUAACUUCAAGAAAUAUUUUCCUCUAGAGAAGAUUACUACCAUUUAGCAAGAGCCUAUUCAAUAUAUGAAGAGUAUGAACAUAGAAAGAGUUGAUGUAAUCUCUCAAAAGGUCAAAAACUACAUUUGCGAAAAAUUUGAAAGUCAAAGAAUUAAUCUCGAGAUUAAUGGCAAGCCUAAGUAGAUGAGAACAAGAUGGAACAAUUCAAUGGACUCCACUUUAGAUGAUAUACUGAGAAGACUAGAGCUAAAGAGACUAACCACAAGAUUGGGAGCUAGUAACUCAGAUGUAGGAGAUGGUAAGCCAAAAGAUAAAAUAGAUGAUCUUGAAUCUAAAAUUGGAACCGUUCAAAGCGAUAUUGAAAAGAAUGCUCUAGGCUUCAAAAUUUGGGGAUUCCCAAUUAAUGUAACAUUUAUCUCACUGCCAUUACUCUGGGAAGAGGUUAAAAACACUAAGAUUCACAUGAUUGAUGAUGAUGAAGCAGAGUUUGCGAUUUAAGUUCACAUAGCUGCUUAUCCUCAUAAUGUACUCUCUGUAUGGUUCUUUAUAUUGGCCUUAACAAAGAAUAAGUGA